CCGAUCGCACUAGGUCACAGCCGGCACACUCGUAAAACCGCAAAACCCCAUCUCCCCAACAUUUCUAAUUUCCAAACUGGUGUCCGACGAAAAUUAGGGCUUUGAGUCUGAGAGAGACCUUAGAUUUGGGGCGGUAUUCGCAGCAUCUGCACUUCUUCUUUCUUUGAUUUCAGCGAUCAGCAGCAAAUGUCGCCUCCUCCUGGACCCUACUCCGGCACCAGCACUCUCGCCUUGGUGGCUCGUGCUUCAGUCUUAACGUUUGGAGUCGUCUAUGGAAACCUGAAGCUUAAGUAUCUUAAUGUGAAGGCCAAUUCUCUGAAGAAGGCUGAAGCCAAGGCACAUCACUGAUUUGGAAGAUUGCUGGUUUUGCCUGCGGACAGCAAUAAUAUAGUGAUGAAAGUUCACUUCGGCCUGGUUAAUAGGACCAUCAUUUUCUACUUACUCUUCAAUUGUUUUUUUUUCCCUUAAGAGUUGUCGUUUGAUCAUGGCUUUAACCAUCAUGACCGUGGUUAAAUCUUCUCCAUGACAACAGAUGGGAUGCUUAAGAGUUUACGAAAAAAUAAUUGGUUAUUACUUUUAAUGGGCAAGGUGAUGCUGCAUAAUUCGAUUUGAUCAUCUUUCCAUCA